AUGGCGACCAUCUCCCGCUCAGAGAGCGCCACCGAAGCGGUAUUCGGCACGCCCGAACUUCUCGAGAUGAUCCUGGUGCUUCUGCCGCCAGAUUCCAUCAUCACCUGCCGCCGCGUGUCGAAAACAACCUACAGCACCAUCAUGAACCCAUCGAAAGCCCUCAAAAGGGCCCUAUUCUUCCUCCCCGUACGCUCCACCCUCAACACCGACUUCUUUGGAAUGAAUACAUUCACUCACACAAUGCGCAUGUUCCCCUACAAAAUCAACGGGGCCUCCUUCGGACGCCGAAGAGGACAGAGGCCUCUCCCACCCGCCAUACCCAUCACCUACAAUCAGCUGCUAUUCAAGCGGGGCGAAUCUACCUCAAUGAUGCUGAGAUUGAAGCAUUCGCCUCUCCAUCACGCCCACGCGCCGAAUCGGUACAAGAAUAUGUACAUCACUCAGCCGCCGGUCACUACGGUAGAGAUCUGGGCUACCUUGUCCCUCCAACCAUUGAAAGAUUGGGGGAUGCCUGUGAAGCAAGUUCAUGCGAUCAAGGAGUUGAGGAAGGAGAACGGAGUGGGUGUGACGUGGGGGAUGAUUGAUGAGAUGUUUCAGGCACAGGCCAAGGCCGCUGAGACGCAAUUUGGAAAGGCAUUUCAAAUCGUGGUGGAUUUCGAGCUUUCGGGAUUGAGGAUUUACGGGGUGGAAUUUUGA